GUGAUGAUGGUCAUAUUACCAUCUUCUACUGUUACAGCAAGUUUAAAUAUUUCUUUAGAAAACUGCCCACAAACAUGUGGAAACGUUAGCGUUCCUUUCCCUUUUGGAUUUGGGCAUCGUAAAUGCGCCAAAAACUCAUCCUUCCAGCUUAAAUGCAACCAUAGCAGCGGCAGCCUCUUGUAUGGCAACAUUUCAAUUUACAACAUAUCAUUGGAAGACGGUACCAUCACCGGACUCAUUCCCUCUGCCCACGAGUGCUACGACCAGAACGGUCGUUUGCGGAAAAAGGAAAAUCAGAGGGUCAUAUUCAACAGAUGGUCUCUCGUCAUAUCCCCCACCCACAACACGUUUAUUGGCUUGGGCUGCGACACGCUGGCCAUGAUGACCGACAGAAAAGGAAGGCUUGGAAGUGGGUGCAUCACCUUCUGCAAUGACCGUACCGACGUCAGGAACGACAGUUCGUGCUCUGGUUUCGGAUGCUGCCAGACCUCCAUCCCCAAGCACCUCGAUCGAUUCAACAUUACGGUUACCAGUGCUUCUAAUCACACAAAUGUUUUGGAUUUCAACCCUUGCAGUUAUGCUUUUGUGGUUGCAAAUUCCUUCGAUAUAUCGAAACUAGACUUCCUUGAUUAUUGCGGCCUUAAUGCUGAAUGCUCUUACUCCGACACUGGUGGUGGAUUUCGUUGUUUGUGCAACCCAGGGUUUACCGGAAAUCCCUACUUCCCACUAGGAUGUCAAGAUAUUGAUGAGUGCAAAGAACCAAACAACUAUCCUUGCCAUGGAACUUGCCGGAAUACCAACGGGUCCUACACUUGCGAAAACAAAACAAACAAAACAACCUGGCCUAUCAUUUUGGGUAUCAGUUUGGGGGUUGUAGUAGUUUGUUUAAAUAUUGGUGCACAGUGGUUGUCCAAAAUGUUAAAGAAAAGAAGGAAAAUGAAGCUCCGUAGCCAGUUCUUCAAACAAAGCAUAUUAUGGCAGCAACAACUAUCUUCAACUGAGCGUAAUGUUCAACAGACUAAAAUAUUUAGUGCUAAGGAGUUGGUAAAGGCAACUGAUAACUUCAACAAGAAUAGAAUACUUGGUCAAGGAGGUCAGGGCACUGUUUAUAAAGGAAUGUUGGUUGAUGGAAGAAUUGUCGCAAUUAAGAAGUUCAAAGUAUUAGAUGAAGAGAAAGUUAAAGAUUUCAUCAAUGAGGUGGUUAUCCUUAUGCAGAUCAAUUAUAGAAACAUUGUUAAGUUAUUAGGGUGUUGUUUGGAGACUGAAGUUCCUUUGCUAGUUUAUGAAUUCAUCUCCAACGGGACACUCUUCCAAUACAUACAUGAUGAAAAUGAGGACUUCCCAUUAUCUUGGGAAAGACGAUUAACAAUUGCAUUAGAAGUUGCAUCUACUCUUUCUUACUUGCACUCGGCAGCCUCCACUCCCAUUUAUCACCGAGAUAUCAAGUCCUCAAAUAUUUUACUAGAUGAAAAGCAUAGGGCAAAAGUUUCAGACUUUGGGACAUCAAGAUCAAUUGCCGUUGAUCAAACUCAUUUAACCACAAAUGUUCAAGGCACAUUUGGGUAUGUAGACCCUGAAUAUUACCAAUCAGGUCAAUUUACAGAAAAAAGUGACGUUUAUAGCUUUGGAGUUGUCCUUGUUGAGCUCUUAACUGGAGAAAAGCCAGUUUCAUUGGAAAGGGCAGAAGGUGAAAGAAAUUUGGCCUCUCAUUUCAUUUUUUCCAUGGAAGAAAAUAACGUCUUCAAUAUUCUUGAUGCUCAAGUUAAGGAUAGUUCUGCACAUGAAGAAAUUAUAAAGGUUGCUAACCUUGCAUAUAGAUGCUUAAGCUUGAGUGCUAGUAGGCGGCCAAGGAUGAUAGAAAUUGCUAUGGAGUUGGAGCAUAUUCGUUUUUUGCAAAACAAUUCAAAUGGUCAACAAAAUCAUGAAGAGACUAGGUUUGUCAAGACUGAAAUAACGAAUCACCAGGACAUUAUCUCGGGAGCUUCUUCGUCAUUAGAAGCAGAGCCACUAUUUUCAAGUGAAUCAUGAGCAUUCUUAGAAAAGCAUGUUGGCUCAAAUGUUGUAUGAUAUUGGUGGAGAUAUUAAAGUCUCCUUUAGUAUGAUUGUAUUUUUUAAUUCUUAAUUUUAAUUUUUAUAAAUUUUAUAAUUUUAA